AUGUCCGAGCCUGGCAACCAUCCCAUGACCAACGGGAAGGCGGAGAAGGUGUCUGAUGGGCUACCGAACGGAGUCGAUAGCCAUGACUUGGACAGUGUGCAUCUUGACAAGUGGGAUUUUGGUCCGCUCGGCGCCCAGAUUCAAGACCAGGUGCACCAUCUCCAAGAAAGUAGAUCUGUCGGUGACAGCGCGCUUGCCAAACUUGCGGAGAUAUUCAAUGGCCAUGCAGAUAUCUUCAAGAUAGUGGACGAACGAUACAACACCGGGCAAGCACUUGAGACGGAGAAUCAAAAACUUCGAAAUGAGAAUGAAAUGCUGUGGGCAAAACUUGAGAGCAACAGGCAGGGUCACAAAGUGCAGUUGCGCAAUGAGAAGAGAGAGUAUGAGAAAGAGAUUGCGAAACUAGAAAUAAAGGCAGGCUCCGGACAGCGACUGAAGGACAUGUACGAGAACCUGCUAGAGAAGCAUAAGAAAGACCAUGAGAAACUGGUCCAGGACGCCCAAGAAGCACUCAAGACGAAGAAAGAUCAGCUCGAGAAGGACAACCAGGACAAGGUUGCCAAACUAGAAGCGGACAAGAAAUCACUGGAGGAGAGGCUGGGAAAAAGGGAGCAAGAGCUGCAGGACAUGACGCAGCUGCGCGACCAGGAAAGGCAAACUCGCGAAACGAUGCAGAGCAAAGCGGCCGCCGAACUCGAGAACAUCCAGCAAUCGCUUGCCAGCGUCAAGGCCAAGUAUGAAGUCAAGAGGCUGCCUGUGGAACAUUACGCGGAGCGAUACAGAGGCCUCAUUGACUCGGUGGUGUCGACUGUUGACGAGUAUUUCUCUGAUUUGCCGGACAAAGCAAUAGAGAAUCGCGCUGGCACAUAUGCUCAACUGAAAAGAAAACGCAGCACUUUUGCGGUGGUACCGGUGACUCCAACGGAGACUGCACGGGUUCUGCGACUUGCCAACGUGCAGAACCUCAUUUUCGACGCCAUGCGCGAGACGGUGUGGCAACCUUUUUUCUCUCGGUACCUCUGGAAAACGAAAAGGGACACACACGCCAUCGAUGACAUAUACUCGAAUCUGGCAGCCGAGGGCGAAGAAAUACAACAUGACUGGAAGGUGUCUACACUGAGGGUUCUGGAUCGGCUCGAUAAUGGAGUGGACGUCGAAGAGAAGAUCACAGCUGCGAUCGACCAGCAAGUGGUCCAAAUACUUGACCCAUUGUUGAGUGAGAGCAACAAGGCCGAUUUUAGGUCCGAGCUGAAGAAGGUGUUUAUCAAGGCGGCGGAGCUCGGUCAAGAAGCCCGGCGCGACCGAUGCCCGGUCUAUAUCGAUAGCAGUCCCUCGGCGAACAGUAGCAGCGGGUGGAAGGAAUUCUCCGAAGGCUUUGACGUUGAGGACGCGCCAGAUCCGACUCUGGCCAGUUGCCGAGACAACAUUUACCCACCGCUCUGUGUGAGUCCGCGACUGUACCGCAAGCGCGAGACGACGGCAACCCCAGGUGCAGGUCAAGAAGAAGACGAGCUAGUACACGCUGGCGUUGCGUUGUUUCCCGGUACUGGGAUAUUCCAGAAGGGGAAGAUGGAAUGGGACGAGUUUGUGGCGCGAGAACGGGAGAGGUGGAAUAUCGGCAGGACAAGGAGAGCUAGCGUGGCGUCGAACGCGACGGGCCCGGGUCUCUCGCCACCAGAACUCUCGAUCAAGCAUUCAAAGACCUGGGGGUCGCAUCUCAAGGCAGAGUACGACUGA